AUGCUUGGAAUUUGGAUACUUGCACUAUUUCUGCUCAGCGCAGCAGAAGGCAAAGAAGUUUGCUAUGAAAGGCUUGGAUGUUUCUCAGAUGAUAUACCAUGGUCUGGGACGGCGGAAAGACCAAUCCAUAAGUUACCCUGGGAUUCAGAAAAGAUAGACAUUCAUUUCCUCCUGUACACAAGACAAAAUCUGAAUAACUUUCAAGAGAUCUCUGCAGUUGAUGCUGCAACAAUUGGGUACUCAAAUUUUAAUGCAAGCAGGAUGACCAGAUUUAUCACACACGGAUUUAUAGAUGACGGAGAAGAAAACUGGCUGUCAGACAUGUGCAAGAGGAUGCUUACUGUGGAAGAUGUGAACUGCAUCUGCAUAAACUGGAAAAAGGGAGCAAGAUGUCAGUACACCCAGGCAUCAAACAACAUCCGUGUUGUGGGCGCUGAAAUAGCUUAUUUUAUAAAUGUUCUUAUGGAAAAAUACGGAUACUCUCCAGCCAAUGUUGAUUUAAUUGGCCACAGCCUUGGACUGUCCACAUGUCGCCCUGAAUACACACUCUGGACAUCCUCCACUGGUCCCAUAAAUAGUGUCUGUGUCUCGCAAGAUAAAACAGAUCAAGCCUCUGUGACUAUUGGCCAGAAGCAUUUUCAUCUUCCCUUUGAUCCAACAGCAAGUUUUCAUUUUCCAGCACCCUUUGGCUCUCUUUUUCUUUCAGGACUGGACCCUGCUCAACCUUAUUUUCAAGGCACUCCCAUUGAAGUCAGACUGGAUAAAUCUGAUGCAGAGUUUGUCGAUGUUAUCCACACAGAUUCAGCUCCCACAAUCCCCUACUUAGGUUUUGGCAUAAGAACAGCUAUAGGACACCUUGACUUUUAUCCAAAUGGAGGACAGCAAAUGCCAGGGUGUGAGAAGAACCCUAUUUCACAGAUCGUAGAUCUUGAUGGCAUCUGGGAAGGAACUCGGGACUUUGUGGCUUGCAAUCAUUUGCGGAGUUACAAGUAUUACUCUGACAGUAUUAUCUACCCUGAUGGAUUUCUGGGCUAUCCUUGUCCUUCAUAUGAUGUUUUUGAAACAGAAAGGUGUUUCCCAUGCCCACCAGAGGGAUGCCCAAAUAUGGGUCACUUUGCAGAUAAAUUCAAAGGGAAAUUUAAAAGCGAUUUCGUGAAACUUUACCUGAAUACUGGAGAGGCCAAGGAUUUUCCUCUCUGGAGGUACAAAGUAACCAUGACCCUCUCUGGAAAGCAUAAAGUUAAAGGAUAUGUAAAUGUUGCCCUGUAUGGAAGUGAUGGGAACACAAGGCAGCAUCAGAUUGUUGAGGGAACCCUGCAACCAGACAACACUUACACAAGCUUCGUCGAUGCAGAAGUUAACAUUGGAACGGUUACAAAGGUUAAAUUUCUUUGGAACAACAACUGGUUAAAUCCAACUUUUCCUGAACUAGGAGCUGCAACUAUCACAGUACAAUCUGGAGAAAAUGGAAAACAAUUCCGUUUCUGUGGUUCCGGGACAGUGAGGGAGGAUGUUCUGCAAACUCUUACUGCUUGCUAA